AUAGCUUAGCCGAAAGAGCAUCACUGGUAGUGUAAACUAAAAACUAAAAACCUCAACUCCCAUAGUCAAUGCAAUCACCAAACUUUUCUUACAUUAACACAAACCCAACACCCCGCCAAUCACGCCCCCUAUCUCUCUCUAUUACACUCACACCCAAAUCCCAAUAACAUUUAAACAUUCUUAAACAAUCCAAAUUCACAUCACAAAAAAAAUAAUCAAAGCUCAAGAAAUGGGCGAAGACCAAGAAGAAGGAGAAGAGUAUCUGUUCAAGAUUGUAAUAAUCGGCGACUCGGCGGUCGGAAAAUCGAACAUUCUGUCGAGAUUUGCGAGGAAUGAGUUUGAUAAGAAUUCAAAGGCGACGAUUGGAGUUGAGUUUCAGACACAAGUGUUGGAGAUUGAGGGUGAAGAAGUAAAAGCGCAGAUCUGGGAUACUGCUGGACAAGAGAGAUUUAGAGCGGUUACUUCUGCUUAUUACAGAGGUGCUGCUGGUGCGCUCAUUGUUUAUGAUAUUACGAGGAGGACUAGUUUUGAUAGUGUUAGAAGAUGGCUUGAGGAACUCUCAACUCAUUGCGAUACUGCAAUGGCAAGAAUGCUUGUAGGAAACAAGAGUGAUCUGGACAAUAUUAGAGAAGUGAGUAAAGAAGAAGGCAAAAGCCUUGCAGAAGAAGAAAGUCUCUUCUUCAUGGAGACAUCAGCUCUUGAUUCUACAAAUGUUGAGGCUGCUUUCGAGGUGGUUGUCCGUGAGAUCUACAACAAUUCGCGCAGAAAAAUUCUCAACUCGGAUUCUUACAAGGCCGAGCUGAGUGGCAACCGAGUUAGUCUAGUAAAUGACGGAACAGCAAAGGGAAGAAGUUUCGCUUGCUGUUCUACUUGAUUGCUUCUGUCAAAAUGCAGCAUCCCGGUGUCUUUUUUCUUUUUCGAUAUCAUAUUGGCUGAGGGAUACUUAUUUUGUUUUUCAUCUCAAUUAAUAUAUUUGCCAUUUUUGAACAAA